CACCCCCCCCCCCCCCCCCCAGACCAUAACACACGGACCGCUUUUGUAGCAAACCGGCUGGAGUUUCUCCUUCAGACAGCGGAGAUGCUGGAUAUCCGAAAGGAGCAGGGGGAAUGCUUGAGAAACUCAGUCUGGUAAGACAGUGCCUCAGUUCAAGGUCUGUUCGUGCGGGAGUGAAAAUCGAGACAGUGUGACCUGGGAGGAAUCGUAACCACCCGGUGGAGGUCGCAGACCCGAAUUAGAAUAUCCCGGUCCCGCGUUUGUUGCAAACGGGAAAACGACAGCAGGCCUCGCACAGUGACAGGCCAAUGUUACCGCCGCCAUCUUUAUUGGGAGCAACGUUCCGCGAGACGGAUGCGCGCCGGCCAUGCUUUUAGGGGUCAGUCGCGCCUUGCCCAGAGGGGCACGAAUUACACCCAGGAACCUGAAUCCGAGAGAAAUCAUUUGUCUCUUGCCAAGUUCUAUCCUGGACUGACAGUGACGGACUUUUUUAAUGUAUAUGGCAGUAAAUUCGGAGGAUAAACAGACCAGAAGCUCAAAGGAAAUACUGCAUCAAGAUCUGAGAGAGUCUCUUGAUUCAUUCGGACCUGAAUGUAAUCAGCAUCUGAUGAACAUAGAAGAGAACAACUUUGUUCUGUCUGUGGGAGAAGAUAUCUAUCAGCGGUCAGAACACAUUGCAAAACUGUUCUGAGCCACAAACCUUAGGAAUAUUGCGAUGCCUUUGGAAUGUGUAUAGCACAAAUUUUACUGAGUUUUAAUUGAAUUACAAUGUUUAGCUUACAAAACAAGAUCACACAGAAGAGUCACAAUGCGACAGAGGGAGCCAUUCAACUCUCUGACACCAGGCUAUUUGAUGGGACGCAUAUGUAGUUGGGAAACUCAAACUGAACUUCUCUUCAGAUUCUGACGGGCAUACUCGAUUCAUCAGGACCUGAAUGUCAUCAUACUUUGAUUAUGGAAGCAAAAAUAAUUGUUCACAUUGAAAAACCAUGGAAAUGUGGGGACUGUGAAAAGAGAUUCAAAUGUCCAUCCCACCUAGAAAGGCAUCGGCGCAGUCACACUGGGGAGAGGCCAUUCAAUUGUUCCCAGUGUGGAAAGGGAUUCACUCGCUUAACCAACCUGCUGUCACACCAGCGAGUUCACACUGGGGAGAGACCAUUUAAAUGCCCAGACUGUGGGAUGAGCUGUAAAAGUUCUAGGGACCUAACAUCCCAUCAACGUGUUCACACUGACGAGAGACCGUUCAGAUGCUCUCACUGUGGGUCCACGUUCAAGCGAUCAUCUAACCUCACGGUACACCAGCGAAUUCACACUGGGGAGAAGCCAUUCACCUGCAAUGAUUGUGGGAAGGGAUUCACUCACUCAUGUCACCUGAUGACACACCAACAAGUUCACUCUAACGAGAGACCUUUUAAAUGUCCAGACUGUGACAAAUGCUUUAAAAGUUCAAGAGAACUGAUGUCCCAUCAACGUGUUCACACUGAUGAGAGACCAUUCAGAUGUUCUCACUGUGGGGCUGGGUUCAUACGAAUGCCUGACCUCACUGUCCACCAACGCUGUCACACUGGGGAGAAACCAUUCACUUGUUCCGAGUGUGGAAAGAAAUUCAACAGGUCAUCUUACUUGCUGUCUCACCAGCGGGUUCACUCUGAUGAGAGACCUUUUAAAUGCCCAGAUUGUGGCAAGGGUUGUAAAAGUUCUCAACAAUUAAUGAUCCAUCAACGUGUUCACACUGACAAGAGACCAUUUAGGUGUUCUUACUGCGGGACUGGCUUCAGGCGAUCAUCUGAACUCAUUGUACACCAGCGAGUACACAGUGGAGAGAGACCAUUUACCUGCUCCAAAUGUGGGAAGGCAUUCACUCAGUCAUCCCACCUUCUGAGACACCAGCGAGUUCACAAGUAACUACAGUGAUUGGAUUUUGCUGUGAAUCAUAUUUGAGAGUGAACCUGUUUCAUCUGGGUCUUUUUCCACUGGUAGUAAAUAAACUACCGUUCAGUUGUAGAUUUUUUAAUAUUCUGGAUAAAUGUCAAAUAA